AUGGCUGGUGAAGAUAAAUACAGCAAUUGGGGUGCUUCAUCAGCGUUUAGUGCCAGGAAUCAAUCACCCGUACCGAAAAAGGAAUUUAACUUGUUCGGAAAUUCUUCCAGUCGAAAGAGACAAGAAUCACCAUUUGAUAACAACAACGACUUGUUUUUACAACAAUACACAACUAAUGUGCCUCCCCCUGGAACGAAUUCAAAGGAAUCACUUCUAGAUAAUUUUGUACAGAAACAUAAUGGACCUUUAAACUCAUUCAAAAUUAAUAAUGCUUUCAAUUUACCUUUCAAUGCAAAUAAUCAUCUGUCCAAACUAUUUAGUAAUAAACCACCAUCAACACAUUUAACUAUUGACCAGAAUGAUAAAACGAACUUAUUAGAAACCAAUCAUAGAAAAUCCAAAAUAUCAUCUUUUGACAUACCUAAACCAAUAUCUCAAGAAACAAAAGAACCAUCAUCGACACAAACCAAACCUAAAUCGAAAUUGGGUCAGUUAUUCAGUUUUUUCAAAAAAGAUGUUAACAAAGCUAAAAACAAAAUAGAGACUGCAUUUAAUUAUACAACACCGAAAACAUUAUCGAAUCCCUCAUAUAAAGCAAUUGAUGCAAGAAGAAUUGGAAGUAUGAGAAGAUUGAUUUUAAAAACUAAACCUAUAAAGUAUCAUUUGAUCGACGUAAAUAAGGUAUUGAGUGCUAGACAGAAAAUGGUUGUUACGUCUUCUAUAACAGCAAGUAAACUAAUAACUCAAGAUUCAAGUGACGAGGAGUUGGAUGAAGUUGAAGAAGUUGAAUUGAAACCAUUUCCAGAUAGUAUUAAAUUCAAAGAGCCAGUCGAAAUGGAAGAGUCAAAACCUAUCAACAAUAUACCGGAACAAAAAAAUUAUAAGGGCUAUUGGUCGACUCCAGAUCUUGAAGUUAUCUCCGAAUAUGAUGACGACCAGUUGAGCCGUAUCUCAAAUUUUAUUAUAGGUAGACGCGGUCAUGGACAGAUUGCUUAUGAUUAUCCAAUCGAUUUAACCAAAGUUAAAGAAAAUGCAGAGAUAAAUGGUACUUCGAUUGCUGAAGAACUUUUCGAAAAAACAAUAGUUUUUGAUAGACCAGUUGUGAAAGCAUACAUGGACGUCGAACAGAAACCAGCAAUUGGGUUUGAAUUGAAUGUACCUGCUACAAUCACGCUAGAAAAUGUUAGACCUAAAGAAGGUAUGUCUAUUGAUGAUCAUAUCAAUGUAUUAAAAAAUCAAACUGGAAUGGAGUAUGUGAAGUUUGAUCCAUUGACUUCGGCUUGGACAUUUAAAGUGAAACAUUUUAGUGUUUGGGGAUUAAUCGAUGAGUCUCAGACAGAUUUAAUGACUUUAAAGAGGAAACAGGAUGCAAAUGAAUCAGAAGCGAUUAUUGAGUAUUCUCGAGUCUACGAAAAUGAAGACAUAGAUCAAGAAUUGAAAAAGCAGAAAUUGAAUGAAAGUUCAAGAAUAGUACCUGGUGGUUGGACUUUACCGCCUGCAUCCGAGAAAGAAGAUCUUUUGCUUUUGAAACGUUCAUUAGUAUCAGACGAAAUAAGUGACAUUUUGAAUCAGCAUAAGGAAAAUGAUCUCAGUGGUCAGGUAAAUGGUAUUACAAUUGAUUCUGACGGUGAUAUUGAGGAAGAAGAAGAAGAAGAAAUUGACUUUGCCGACUUGGAUGACGUUAAAAUCAAUGCAUACGAGCCAAUCAUAACUGACGCAUCUGCAUUUGACGUGAUACGCAAUAGGUCUGAUUUUCCUACAACCAAUAAUUGGUUAUUACAAUUAGAGUUGGCCAACCAAUAUAAUUCUGCCAUGGCCCCAAUGGCUGCAACUCAACCAAAAGUGGAUCAUUUGACUAUAAAUAAGGUGGAUGACAUUUUGUUUCCUCGAUUCAAGAAAAAUGAGGAGGACGAAAAAGAUGAUAUACAGGUCGAUCCCAUUGAAAAAAGUCCUACUUUUGAUACAUUAACUAACCAAGAUAUUACAACAAUUUUCAAAACAAUAUUAGAAUAUGGAAAAAUUACAAAAAGGAAAAACCAAAUACCAAAAAUUACACAACCUCAAAACAUAAAUUUUUCUGACUUCAAAUACAGUUUUCCUCAAAAUUCACCAAUACAACUAGCAAGCAUUAUAUUUGAUUCAGCAAAAUCAGAACAAGAAACCUCGGUAAACUUUGGUAAUUGGCUUCGAAAAUAUAAUGAAAAAACAACAAAAGCAAUUUUUGAUGAAAAUGAAGAUGAUUUGUUAUACUGUGCUUUCAUCAGUUUUUGUUCAAAUGAUAUUAACAAAGCAAUCGAAUACUCCUUGAAAGCGAAAAGUGAACAUUUAUCCGUCAUACUUUCCCUGGCCACACUACAAAAUGAGUUGAUUCAACUGUUGGCUCAAGAACAAUUACAAAUAUGGCAAGAAACAAGAAGUUUGGACUAUAUUCCAAAGCCUAUUAUUAAAUUGUAUCAAUUAUUAGCUAAAUCACUAGAUGAGGUAACUGACGACUUACCAUGGAAUCUUGCAGUAGGAGUUAACUUGUUUUUCAAUCAUACUAAUGAACCAUUGAAGUCUAUAAUUUCAGAAUUUGAAAGUGUUUUAACAACAAAUGAUCCUAUAACUGAUCUUCUCAGGUUCUUUGCUGCUGGAUAUGAUCAUGAUAAGGUUGCUAAUUCGAGUUUGAGUAAUUUAUCAAAAUGGAUUUUUUCCGUCGUGUCGAAUAAAUUCGACUAUAAUGAUAUUUCUGAAAAGCUUGGAUCUGAGUUGGAUUCAGCAGGCUAUUGGAAAGAAGCAAUAAUUGUUUACUCUUCAAUAACGGAUGAUUCUAAAGCUGGUGAUCUCAUCAAAGGAGUAAUUAAUAAGAAAGUGCAACAAAUUAAAAAUUUAGAUGCUGACCAAGAGUCAUAUUUGAUUAAUACAUUACAAAUUCCAAAAUCAUUGGUGUAUGAAGCAGUUGCUAAUGAGAGACAAAAAUCAGGAGACUACUGGGGAGAGAUAAAUGCAUUGAUUGAAGUUGGAUUUUGGGAAAAGGCACACGAUGCUAUAGUUAAUCAGAUUGGUCCAUCUGUAGCGAUAUCAGGUAACUCACUAGAAAUUUUGAAAUUUUUUCAAAUUUUGGAAAAAUUUCCUCAAAAUGGAUUGAUUAUACCAACUUGGAAUAAAGGGGCUGGUAUUUAUCAGAAUUAUUUCUAUUUGCUACAAAAGAAUACACAUGAUAUUGAAGUUAUAAAUUUUUUAAUUGACAAUUUGAAUUUAACAUCAUCUAAAACUACCAUUAAUCAAAAAUUUGCAUUAAAUAUUAUUUCAAAAUUUGUUGGUGAAUUAGCUUUAGAAAAUGCUGGUAUUAUAACACAACAGAAGAAGAAGAUCACGAAGUUACCAUUGGACGAAGUCAAUAAGGUAUUUUUUGAGAGAUUUAUAAAGAACCUAGAAUAA